AGUAAUUCUAAAAAUUCUAAAAAUCGGACCGGUUGUGCCUUGAAGAGUUAUAGAAAAACAAUGGCGCUCCACAUUCUACUAUUGCUAUUAAUUGCGAUUCAGGCAAUUAGUGCGGAUGACAUACCACCUCGCAUUGGCUCCUUAGACGAAGAAUGGUCGAAAUUCAAGGUUCAGUACAAUAAAGUUUAUAAGAACCCUGAGGAAGAGACGAAACGGAAGGAAAUCUUUUCGAAGAACUUAGAUUUCAUUAAAGAGGUUAAUAAAAAAUAUGAUGCUUAUCAAACAUCUUUUGCACUAGGGGUGAGUGCAACUACAGAUAAGGUGUUUGAUGAAAUUGUAAUGAAAUAGAAUGGAGAGUUUAAUAAAGAUAGUUGAAAGAGAG